ACUGUUAAAAUUCAAAAAAGUUCAACUGUAUUUUUAUUGGUGUCAAACAAUAGGUUUACUUGUAUAAACUGUUGGUCGCGUAAAAUUGUAAAUAACAUACUUGGCACUUCUUAUUUUUAAGUAUAAAAUAAUAUAGCUCAUCGCUCUUAUUUACAAGUAAUUUUUGUUAUUACUCGCAUAAUUUUGUAUUAUCGAUAUAUUGCAACACGAAGCAAUGAACACAGCCACUUCUUACAGAUCACAGCUGUCAAUGGCCAACUAAAGUUGCCAUAUUGACAAAACAAAAAUUUACCUUUCACACCUGAGCAGCUGAUCAGUACUCUCAAAAUUGUAGUUGGUUAUGAUUGAUCACUGUGAUUAUUUCUAAUUUAAACGUGCCGUAGCCCAAUAAGAAUUCGCUAGUAAAAACAAGUUUAAAAGCCGGUUGCUAAGUUUGAUAAUUUGUAGCUAAACGUAUACAUGUAUGUGUAUGGCAACUCUUUUGGUUGUGAACUGUGACAUCUAGAACCCGGAAAAAAAGGCGAGAAAACAGCAACGGUUUUGCUACAUCGUGAGCCUUUCGUGUCGGUUUACAUUUGUAUACAUAUUUGUUCGAUUUAGUGUCCAUUUGACUUGUGAAAUUCCUGGAAGUUCAAUUUAAAAUAAAUCUAUUGUUCUUUUCCUAACAUCAUUCGUGAGUCAGAAGGAAAAGAAAACCCGAAGUGUUUAGGAAAAAUCGAAAUUGUGCGAAUUAAAGAAGAGUGCUAAAACGACGCCCAAGAAUAAUUGCUGCCCACAGGAAGCUAUUGCAAAGUUGGGUUGUAGAGAGUGUUACAACUAAUCAACUCUUUGGCACGCGUUACGUUAUUGGAUAAACCGUUGUUGAGCAGUGCUCACGCAAAAGUUAACCGGAAUUUUAACGCGCAUAUACAAUAGCAACUACAAUAGUGGUUGCCUUUUUCAGCAUAUACCAAAAAUUUAUGCGCUCUACCGCAACGGCGGCGUCAAAGGUGUAUAGCCGACGGAGUCGUUACAGUUACAGCAGCAGCAGCAGCUGAAGACAGGUGAAAUCCAGCUACGCUUCAGAAUGCUAUUUGCAGCCUGCACACCAGCAGCGCCGAAUCCGCUGCAGCUUACUGCUCAUGUCGCCAACAAUUUGGGGCAACAGCAGUUGACGUCUCUGCAACAGCUGAAGGAUCAACAUGCGAUGUCCUUAUCGUCAUCGUCGUCGUCUUCGGCUAUGCAAACGCCGGCGCAGAUGUCGCCGCAACAUCAAAUUGCAGCAACAGGAAAUGCAACUGCAGCGGUAGCAGCGGCAGUGGUUGCGCGUGCCAAUGAAGAGGCCAAGGAGGCAAUGCGUAAACUCGACGCCACCUUGGUCGCCUACUUGGCCGGCGAGACCAAGUUGCAAUCGAAGCAAUUGGAGUCGGAGCUGGACCUGGAGCUGGAUUUGAAUUCGCAGAAUGAGUCGAACGUCGAUGACAACGAUGAAUAUGUUCUGGAAGAAUUCGCCGAUACUGUUGUUGAAACGGUUGAGAAUAUUACACGUGAAGAAUUGCAGCUAUUCAGGCGCAUCAAAAGCAUGAAACUGCAAUUGGAAGCGCUUACACUAGAGCCAGAGGGCACUAAACGUAUGGAGCUGCUACAAAAUGAUACACGUCCGAUAUUCACCGUUGAGUGUCAGCUAUCGCAUGAAUUGAUCCAACAGUUGCCACGCUAUGAAAUGUUUCACAUUAUGCAAUUCGAAUCAGAGAAAUUCCACAGCCUAACCCAGUGCACCCGUUUCGGUCAGGAGGCACAACGCGAUAUCAAUUUGACGCCCAUAAUUGAUGAACUCGACAACACUUUGAAUGGCAAUGGCAACGACAGCGCCGCUGCGGCUGGUGUUGCCCCCAACUUCGGACGCAUACACUUUGCCGUCUGGUGGCGCGAACCGGGCACUUGCCUCAAUGAAAUGCUCGGCAUGGGCGUAUUCGAAUUACGCGAACUCUACGAUGCCGCACUCUUGGAGCAGUGCAAGCGCAUUACAAUUCAGCGACGUGGCGUGCCACUGGCCAAUAUCUAUUUGAAAAUCAAUCUACUUUUGUGUACUUUGGCUGACACCAACAACAACAACAAUGCAGCCGAUUUGAGCUGUGAGGCAGCCUUGCAAGCCAUGAAACAACAGCCGGGCGGUGGUAACAAGAAAAAGAGUGGCAGUGGCAAGGGUGCCGCACAAUCUUCGGCAACUGGUGCUGCCAACAACACCGCCAACUCCUCGAAUACUACAGCUAAAGAAGCCAACACCAAAGACAACAAUGACGAAAAAGUCAGCACAAGCGCUGGGUUUAAUGAUGAAACACUGAAAAUACGCCUAUUAACGGGUUUGAUCUGCGCCACCAAGGUGAACUAUUUGGAAGACACGGUGAAUCAUCAAUUUGAGCUACUGUGCGAGCGUUUUUGGAGAGCACAACCCACCACAGCAAGUGCCAAAGGUGGCGACCAAUUUUAUUAUCAAGAGCAAUUCGCCAUUUUACGUGAUACAAACUUCUUGAAUCAUGUCAAACGUAAGCAUUUACGUUUACUGAUUUAUCAACAUCCAGUAACUGCAGUUAUUGACGACAUGAAUGGUAAUUCGGAAGAACUGUUACAAUUUGAUCCUUGGGGCUUAGUCUUAUUGCCGUUGCAUCAAUUUUAUAUAGCAUUCAGUAACGAUGAUAUGGCCAAUCGUAUGAUUAAAGAGAAGAUGCCCGUAAUAUCGUUUGACGCUUGGGCACCUAUCUAUGGUGCGAAUGGACAGGCAUUGGGCGAAAUCAAAUGUCUACUAGCAAUGGGUAGUGAACAGCAGAUAAAUGAGCUUAAAAAGCAACGCGAUAUCAGACCCAUACACUCCGACAUAUUUAGCAAUUUGGGUGCAAAUUGUGAAAAUCCACUAUUUAGCACAAUUCGUAUGCCGAACAAAAACUGUAAGCAUGCUAUUGUGCAGACGGACAAACAGCAAAGUAUUCGCACCACAGUAGAGUUGAUGGAAAUGUUACAAGAGGCAUUGCAAAAAACCCAUAAGGCUAGGGAAAGCAAUCAAAAUUCAGAUACGUCGCCGUUACCGGCGACAACAACGUCAAAACAAAGUACAGAAAGAGCUCCAAGUGGCAUUAAGGAUGAUGAACCAUCUACAUCACAGGCCGCUGCUGGGUUAUCAAAAUCUUCAUCAGCAACUUGUACAACCAAUGCUGCAUUUGGCGAGCGCAAUAAACCCAUGCAAAAGCCAUUCAUAUUUGAGCUGGCAAUAAAUUGUGCCGUUGGAUUGACACUAAAUCCUGGCGAUCGUUGUAAGCCUGGAACAAAAGAACCUUACCGUUCGGUUUCGAAACGUUUUCCGCCAGGUGAACCGCCAUCUACGUACGUCACAUUCCAAGCAAAUGACUGCAUAGGUAGUAGUGGAUGCUAUAAGUCGCAUGAGGGAAACGUAUAUGCCACAAAGGUUGUGGUACGCUCGCUCGUGCCGCAUUGGUUACAAACGUUUUCGGUCACUGUGGACUGGGAUUAUUUGACAAAUCACCGGAAAAGUUUCGUUUUGAAGUUAUGGAAGAAGGCGAACGUGUCACCGGCUAAUGACAGCGACAGCACAAAUACCACUAUAGAAUUGGUACCCACACCGAAUGACGAUGCCAUCAUCGGUUAUACAACUUUGGACUUGAGUAUUUUCUUAAGGGGUUUGCAUUUAGCUGGUGUUUUCAAUGUGUUCGAUUUCAAUGGACGCAUUACGGGAAGGUUAGAGUUACAAGCCAAACCAGCGGAUGACUGGUAUGUUCAGUAUAUGAUGGAAAAACUUUGGCAGACAACACAUAACCAACAAGCAAAUAUGGCAAAUAAAACAAAUUUAACUCUCGCUGCUGCGUCUGCUACUACUACCACUACUCCGGCUGCUACUACAACCACUGCUGCGGCUGCGGCUGCUGCUGCUCCUGUUACAAAAGUCGAUGCUGAGAUUUACGAAUUGGGAAAAUCGCUCAAAGUUAGUCAUCUAAAUCUAAAUGAAGCAGUCAAUUUCCAAUACAAAGAUCUGACAGAAAUAUCUAAACGUUUGCGUUCGCGUCUUUCUGAUGUGACUGGUGAAACUUUGCCAGAUGUAUUUAAUGUGGAUACUCUAAAUAAUUGGCAACCACUAAAUGAAUUAGUUGAUGCAGAUGUCGAAAUGGAUUGUGAUAUGAGUGAAUUUGAGCGCGAUCUUAAUGAUCCGUCAGCAGCAGCAAACGACAUGGAUACAUGUGAUAAAAGUGAUAAGAAUGAAAAAAAUGAUCUCAUAAAGACGGCGCCUGGCGCAGCCGAUCCCGCUAUUGAUUAGUGGCAACGUAAACGCAGGAAUACAACUAAGUCAGCGUUAAAAUCAAGAGCUAUUAACAUUACAACUAAUCUAAUAUAUAUCACACUCUAGCGCAUUUGCGCCAAAUAAUAGCACAUUUAGCAUCAAAACUAACAUUUUUAGCACUAUCACCACCGACCGACCGAAAAUGUAUUACCACAAGCAAGCUCCUUCAUCAUUAAACCGCCUACAUACAUACAUUUUUAAUAAAAAGCUCAAUAGUACUUAAUGAACUGUAUGCGACAGCAGGAAAGAAAGAAGUCUGCAUGUUUUUUUGCCAAUUUUUAUUAUUAAUAAUAAAAUUAUAUGUGUACCAGUAUGAUAUAGCUAUAACUAUUACUAAUUAUAAUUAUAAAGGAAGUUUUAAACGGCCUGCGAAACUUAUAUAUAGCUAAGCGAAAUUGUUAUUACUUUCUUCUUCCCUUUUUAUCAUUAUAAAUCUUAAGGUGUAUUCAUAGACGAAAUUAAAGAAAAUAAAAAAUGCUUACAGCUUUCUUCACAGUUAAGCUAAGAAAAAUUAUAUCCAAAGGCUGACUACUUUAUUUCGUCUAUAAAUUAGCCACAUAGUAUUUCACUAAAUUAGCAUUAAUUGUUUACUAUAUAUAUGUAUGUAAUUACAUAUAUACACAUAUAGCGAUAAGUAUUGAAUUGUUUACUAAAUUACGAAUGAAAGAGAACUUGUAUUCUUAAAUUAAAUAUUUAUUUGCUCUGAAUUAUUAUUAUUUUUAUUAAUUAAUAUAAUAUUUGAAAAAUUCUAAUUUUAUGUUAAAGCUAUUGAAUAAUUCAUUGGAAAUUGGAAAAAAUUGAAACAAGUAAACAUAAAUGUAUUUCAAGUCUUAUCUAAAUAAGUCCAGCAACAAGAUCUUCGUGUAUGAAUUUAAAAAUAAAAAUCAAAAUCGAAUUCAAUAAAAAUGUUACUGGUUUUAUGUGAAA